AUGGAAGCCGCGCUCCCAUUGGCUGCGCCCGCCGCGCUGCCCCGGCCGCAGCCAAUGGCGCGGCCGCUCGCGGAGCCGCCGCGGCCCCGCGCCCCGGGACGGCCGCGCCAUGCGCCCGCCGCGCUCCGCCCGGCCCCGCGCCCGCCGAGCGCCGGGGGUUGGAUCAACGGAAUGGAGAACAGCACGCAAGCCAGCACUUCUGUCGAGAAAAGAAAUCACCAUUGGAGAAGUUACAAGUUGAUUAUUGACCCGGCUCUGAAAAAAGGACAGCACAAACUCUACCGUUACGAUGGGCAACAUUUCAGCAUGCCUAACUCGGGAAUCGCUCCUGUGGAUUGUGUCAGGGAUCCCAGAAUAGGGCGAAUAUGGACCAAAACUAAGGAGUUGGAGCUGUCUGUCCCCAAAUUCAAGAUUGAUGAAUUUUACGUGGGGCCAGUGCCUCCCAAGCAGGUCACCUUUGCCAAGCUGAACGACAACAUCCGCGAAAACUUUCUGGCCGACAUGUGCAAGAAAUACGGCGAAGUGGAAGAGGUGGAGAUUCUCUACAACCCCAAGAACAAGAAGCACCUGGGCAUCGCCAAAGUCAUCUUUGCCACUGUCAAGGGUGCCCGGGAGGCUGUCCAGCACCUUCACAACACCUCCGUCAUGGGGAACAUCAUCCACGUGGAGCUGGAUACAAAAGGUGAAACCCGCAUGCGAUUCUACGAACUGCUCGUUAAUGGUCUUUACACUCCUCAGACCCUCCCUGUAGGCACCGAACAGGACGUGUCCCCAACUGGGAAUGAAGCUCUCCAGUUGACGGAUUCCCUGAAGCGCCUGAAAGACAGUAACCUUUCUUCCACGGGCUCCUCUGUGACCCCAAACAGCAGCACGCCCUUCUCCCACGACACAGCCUAUUCCAGCUGUCGGCAGGACACCCCGAACUCGUACAGCCAAUUCACCCCGCAGUCCCAAGGAACACCUCACACCCCACGGCUAGGGACGCCCUUUUCCCAGGAUUCCACCUAUUCCAGCCGCCAGACCACGCCUGUGUACCAUUUUGGGCAGGACAGCGGGUACAAACCCAGGAGACACGAAACAAAAUUUACGGAUGCGUACAACCGCCGCCCGGGACAUCAACACCACUACGUGCACAACUCGGCGGGCGUGUUCCGAGGCACGGAGCAUCAGUUCAGCACGUACAAAUCCCAUCAGCAGGAGCCAGUUCAGUUCUCUCACACUCCUCCCCUGAGCCACUCUAGUUCUUCGAGCUACAAAUCUGCCUUCUCUCCCUACCAACCACCAGCUGUAUUUCCCCAGUCCGACGAGCAGCAGUUUCCCCAGACUUCCAGGGAAGCAGAGUACCGGAGACCUGCGCCCCCUCCCACUGAGAUGGUUGUGGAAAGCAGUGCUGCCCCUAGCAUCGAUUUUGUCCCAGUGAAGGAGAAACCAGAGGAGCCUCCGCCCUUGCCCGACUCGAACUCUGUUCCUGAACCGAGCACAGCAUCCUUCUCUCAGACUCCAGAGAGGAGCGAGACCCCUGGCACCCCCACCAUGGAGUCUGAAAUGCAGCAUAACAGUUUAGACUCAAGGAUUGAGAUGCUCUUAAAAGAGCAGAGAACAAAGUUACCCUUUCUUAACGAGCACGACUCGGAUAACGAGAUCCGAAUGGAAGGUAGCCCAAUUUCCUCCUCUUCUUCCCAGCUCUCUCCCAUCCCAACGUACGGUUCGAACUCUCAGCCCGGUUUCAGGGGGCAGACGCCUUCCUCACGGCCUUCCAGCACGGGCUUGGAGGACAUCAGCCCAACGCCGUUACCUGACUCUGACGACGACGAGCCCAUCCCUGGGACAGCUUCCCUGAGUCAGAAUUCCCGGGGGACAUCGGAGGCCAGCAUGACUCCCAUUGAUCAGCUGAGCAGGACCUCCAAAAUUGAGACCUCGGAGGCUAAAGAGAUGGUGCCUGGUGACCAGACUCCAACGUCAGAAAAAAUGGACGAGGGUCAGCAUUCCUCAGGGGAGGACAUGGAGAUCUCUGACGACGAGACCAACCCAGCGCCCAUCACCAGUGCGGAAUGUGCCAAAACCAUUGUGGUGAACUCCUCCGUCAGCAACACGGCCGUGAUGGCCCCGUCGAUCCCCCCGCUGCCACCACCGGGAUUCCCUCCUCUUCCUCCCCCGCCUCCUCCCCAACCGGGCUUCCCGAUGCCUCCACCGCUGCCUCCGCCACCUCCUCCCACCCACCCCGCGGUCACCGUGCCCCCGCCGCCGCUCCCGGCGCCUCCCGGGGUCCCCCCGCCACACAUCCUGCCUCCGCUCCCUCCCUUCCAUCCCGGCAUGUUCCCUGUCAUGCAGGUGGAUAUGAUAAGUGUCCUGGGCAACCAGUGGGGCGGCAUGCCGAUGUCCUUCCAGAUGCAAACUCAGAUGCUGAGCCGCAUGAUGCAGGCACAGAACACGUACCAGUAUCCCCCUUUCAUGACGGGCCGGAUGCAGUUUGUGAACCUCCCUCCCUACCGCCCUUUCUCCAUGGGAGCCGCUCUCGCCCGUGGGCAGCAGUGGCCACCGCUGCCCAAGUUUGACCCCUCGGUUCCACCGCCGGGCUACGAGCCAAAGAAGGAGGAUCCCCACAAAGCCACUGUGGACGGAGUCCUGCUGGUCAUAGUGAAGGAACUAAAGGCUAUCAUGAAAAGGGACCUGAACCGCAAGAUGGUUGAAGUGGUGGCGUUCCGGGCGUUUGAUGACUGGUGGGACAAGAAGGAACGUCUGGCAAAGGCGUCUCUCACUCCAGUGAAGUCUGGAGGAGAAGUGGAGGAAAAGCCAAAGCCGAAGGAUCGAAUCGCAUCCUGCCUUUUGGAGAACUGGAACAAAGGAGAAGGCCUGGGAUACGAGGCGAUCGGCUUGGGCAUUGGGCUACGGGGGGCCAUCCGGCUGCCAUCCUUCAAGGUGAAAAGAAAGGAACCACCUGAAGCUGCCUCAGCGGGAGAUCAGAAGAGAAUCCGGCCUUCUACUUCUGUCGAUGAUGAAGAUGAAGAGUCGGAGAGGGACAGGGAUGCUUCCGAUGCCACAUCUGACCUGUCAAAGAAGGAUGGAGAAGCAGUGGGGCUGAGGCGGCGACCAGCAAGGCCAUUGGAGCUCGACAGUGAGGGAGAAGAGGGAGAUGAGACAUCAGGGAAGGAAGAAGAGUCCUCCUCGGAGAAGGAAGAGGAGCAGGAAGAAGAGGGAGCCUUGGUGAAAGCAGCACCUGGCAAGGAGGAAGAGGAGGAGGAGGAGGAUGAAGAUGACGAGGAUGAAGAUGAUGAUGACGAGGAUGAAGAUGAUGAGGAGGAGACAGGCAUCGACACAAGUGACAAGGAGGAGGAGCAGGACUCCGAGGAGGAUGUAGCAAGUCCGUCGUCUUCCAAGGCUGAAGUUGAAUCAUCCGAUGAAAGUGAGGACUCCUCUGAAUUCGAGUCAAGUUCAGACUCAGAUGAUGAUGAUGAGGAUGAUGAUGACGAUGAAGAUGAGGAGGAGGAAGAGGAGGAAGAGAUGGCUGAAGAUCAAGACAGAGAAGCCAUGGUUGCUGAGACAGAGCAUGAACCUGCUGGUCCUGAGAUUCCUGACGACCAGAGGGAGACUAUUUUGGAGCUGUAUGCAGUGGAUGACUACAUGGAUGCAACAGGCUUGGGACUCGCCGAGCCAGUGUUGGCAGCGAAAGAUGAAGGCCAUGAAGAAAUCAAGGCAGGGGAAAACGAAUGUGGCCAAAUCCCAGGGGCAUCUCUUGCUGCUGAAACUCUGAAACACUUGGUUAUGGAAAGAGACCAGGAGACAAAACUCGCUCUCUCUCCCAUCUGUGGGCCAGAGGAAGAGUCCGAACCCACUUCCAUGCUGGAGCCAGAGGUCCAGGAAGGUCCAAAGCCUGAAUCUCCAGAUGAGGAGGUGACGCUCUGUGUCUCCACUCCCGGGGAAGUCUUCGGAGAACCUCUGCCCAACAAAAGCAGCUUCUUUGGCAAAUCUGAUGACAGCAGCUCAGAAGCUCGAGCUAAACCAAAGCUGCCCUCGGCAGCGGAGGAGGACGAGCGGCUGCCCCGCACGCCGGGACGGGAGGUGAUGAUCCACUCGGAGAGUGACACUCUUCUGCUUCCAGCCCACAAGGUGCCAUCUUCCAUGCUUCCCUUGCCAUCGACUCCCGGUAAGGAGGAAUCUUUAGUCCCUCCAGAAAAGUUCCCUGAACAAUUAAUGGUGACCAAAACGUCUGUGGAAGAGGAGAUUCCGAGGACUCCUGGGCGGGACAUUUUGGCCAAGUCUUCGCACCCCCUUGCGAAGUCGCAGAGCACGGACACUGUUCCAGCCACGCCAGGAAGUGAUGCUCCCCUUACAGGGAGCAGCUUGACCCUCAGUUCCCCUCAAGUCCCAGGGAGCCCCUUUUCCUACCCAUCCCAAUCUCCUGGCAUUAACAGUGGCAUUCCUCGGACUCCUGGGAGAGAUUUCAAUUUCACGCCCACUUUCCCAGAGGCUGGUGCUACCAUUCCUUGCCUUCUGUCUGGCAAGAAACAGUCAGAGGAUGAGCUGGACGAGAAACCCUUUAAAGAGCCUCUUGGUGCUUCCCUUACGAUCAGCAUGAACAGUGUUCCUUCCCCCAUCCCCUUUGCCAGCCCCCCCCAAGCAGAUUUCCACAUGGACAUGGGUUUGCCACCUGAUGAGCCAAUACCUGUAGCAGCCCUGCCCUGCAUGCAUGGAGAUGGAAGAAUGCCCCUUGAGGAAUGCAAGGCAGAAGUAAAAUCUGGUUUGCUCUCACCAGAAGUACCCCCUGGGGCUUCUAUUCUUCCUCCCCCACCACCACCUUCUGUUCUUCCCAAAAGGAGGCCGGGUCGGCCAAGACGGUCACCACCCUCUGUCCUCUCCUUGGAUGUGUACUCAGGCAAACCCAUAGAACCUCCUCCCGUGCCAGUGGCCUUGGUGGAAGGUCCUGUGGGCAAGGAGCUGUUGAGUGGACAUCCUGAUGCUUACUAUGGACUGAAAGACCCUGAAGCCGUCCCCCUGGACUUCAGGAAUGACGGUUUCCAUGAGAAAAUAGCGGCUGAGACAGUUGCGGAGAAACUGCCAUUUAAGGAACUGGAGAACCAGUGGAACGAAGACUUCAAGGAAGAAGAAGCUAAACCUAAAAGACAGUGGCGAAGGCAGAAGAAAACAUCUGAGGACCUCCCGGUGAUCCCUUCCCCCGAGUACUCCCCACCCCGGCCUCAGUUCCGGCCGCGCUCCGAGUUUGAGGAGAUGACCAUUCUGUACGACAUUUGGAACGGGGGCAUAGACGAGGAAGACAUCAAAUUCAUGUGUAUCACAUACGACCGCCUGUUGCAGCAGGACAAUGGCAUGGACUGGCUCAAUGACACCCUGUGGGUGUUCCAUCCUUCUACUAGCUUUUCUACCCCCAAGAAAAAGAAGCGGGACGAUGGGAUGCGGGAGCACGUGACGGGCUGUGCACGAAGUGAAGGCUAUUACAAAAUUGAUAAGAAGGACAAACUUAAAUACCUCAACAAUAGCCGAGCUUUCGCAGAGGAGCCUCCAGCUGACACACAGGGUAUGAGCAUCCCUGCCCAACCUCACGCUUCCACCCGGGCUGGUUCCGAGAGGCGAUCAGAGCAACGCAGGCUCCUCUCCUCCUUCACUGGUAGCUGUGACAGUGACCUGCUCAAGUUCAACCAGCUCAAGUUCCGGAAGAAAAAACUAAAAUUCUGUAAGAGCCACAUUCACGACUGGGGCCUUUUUGCUAUGGAGCCCAUUGCAGCUGAUGAGAUGGUGAUUGAAUACGUGGGCCAGAACAUCAGGCAGGUCAUUGCUGACAUGCGUGAGAAGCGCUACGAGGACGAGGGCAUUGGCAGCAGUUACAUGUUCAGGGUCGAUCACGACACCAUCAUCGACGCCACGAAAUGCGGAAACUUCGCCCGGUUCAUCAAUCACAGCUGCAACCCAAAUUGUUACGCUAAAGUGAUCACAGUGGAGUCCCAAAAGAAGAUCGUCAUCUACUCCAAGCAGCACAUCAAUGUAAACGAGGAAAUUACCUACGACUACAAGUUUCCCAUUGAGGAUGUAAAAAUCCCAUGUCUCUGUGGCUCUGAGAACUGCAGGGGAACCCUGAACUGAUCUCAAGGUUUCUCGUCACACUUGCACCUUCGGCCAUGUCAAAACUGUGGUAACCAGGUGUGGUUGCACUUUGCCAAAAAAAAAAA